GAGAGAGUGGGUGGGUGGGAAACGCAGGAAGAGGAAAGGGUAAAAAGACACGGAAGAAAACGCAACAUUAACAUCAGAUUAUUUCUCAGCCCUUGGUGUCUUCUUUCUUCUGUUGGGAUUUGCAGUCGAUGACUUGGUAACAAAAAUGGCCCAGAGCAACAUUUCUCCCUUCAUAAAUGAAUCCUCCAAUUUGACAACAAAUGAGAGCGUUGUGAAUACCAAUACUGGCACCACUAUGGGCGCCCUCAUCCUGAGCCUCGUCUUUCUCCUGGGCUUCCCUGGAAACAUCUUCAUCAUCUGGAGCGUCCUGGCACGUGCCAAGAAGUAUUCUGUCACCACGCUCCUCAUCCUCAACCUAGCUAUCGCCGACGGCUCUCUGAUGGCUCUCACCCCGUUCUUCAUCAUCUACCUGGUUUUGAAGAAGUGGGUGUUUGGGGAAGCGAUGUGUAAGAUCCUCUUCUACCUGUGUCUGGUCAACAUGUAUGCCUCCAUCCAGAUGAUCAUGCUGAUGAGCGUCUACAGGCUGGUGGCAGUGCUGUGGCCGCGGCGCGUCACUCUUAUCACCAGCCGGAAGACUGUAUUGUGGGUGCUGGCUGUGUUGUGGGUGCUGGUGAUGGUCGCCUCUGUUCCUGCAAUGAUCUUCAGAAAAGUGAAGCCGGAGGGGAAUACCAGGGUGUGUGAAUCAGUCCACGUUAAAGACAGCCAUGUGGUCCUCCAGUACAUGCUGGAGAUCGUGUUGGGGUUUUUAAUUCCCUACUUGGUCAUUGUAGUCAGCUACAUCUGCAUCCUACGACGGAUCCGACAGACAAAGUUCCGUCGUCGCAUUCGCAGUGAGAAGCUCAUCCUGGCCAUCGUGGUGACCUUCUGCCUCUUUUGGUUGCCCUACAACAUCAUCAACAUGGUGCAAGUAACAUGGGCUUUGUAUCCAAAGGGUCAAGUAAAAGACAUACUCAAUUUAAUAUGGCACAAGAGCCGAGCUGUCACGUCUUCCAUAGCCUUCAUCAGCAGCUGUGCCAACCCAGUGCUCUACUUCUUCGCAGGAAAGUCCUACAUCCGGCGAGAAGGGCUGGCGUUCAUGGCCCGCUUGUUUGAGGGCACUGGGCUGGACUCGGCCACCAGGAAGAGCCGACAAAACAGCCAGAACAGCCGCGAAAAAGACAAAGACGCAGAUGCUGUCAUGCUAAAGGACAAAGAUCCAGACUCUGUUACCAAUUCAAACUCUAAUACCAAACCAGUAAAGAAUGGUAACUAGAGGACACACGAUUCAGCAGGCUUGAAGCUAGUGUUGUUCCUCUGAGUGAAAAAUCCCUGUCCAAUCGCAAAAAGUCAUCAGGGUUCAUCAUGCACAGCAGUUCCUGCCAAUGAAGACAUGAUUCAGCAGCUGUUCAGCUAAUGUGAAUCUGAUACUGUUACCAACUUUAAAAGAGAUGUCACUGGGAAUACUGAUUCAAGAACAGCUUGCCUUAUCCUAAAGAGACAUUGUUGAGAUAUAUGAGACUUGCUCUACACUGAACUAUUUCAUAAGGAAGAACUGUGGAGAAUUAUCCAGGACCUAAGUAGUGCCUUAUGUUGAUUUUGUUUUGCAAGAUGUCUGUGUGCCAUUUUUUUAUGCAAUGUUUUAUUUGUCAAAAUGCCUGACAGAAGCAUCAAGUUCGAUGGAGGCACUUGACUUUGUUUUUAUAUUAUUCACACUGAUGUGUUCGCUUUGCGUGCUUCGACAACAUUCAUGAACUAUGGCUAAGGUUUUGAUGACAAUGAUUGAAAAGGCUAAAGGCUGGACUUUUUCUAUAUGCUGUAUAUACAUUUCAAAAGUACAAAGUUACACAUUACUGUAUGUGGUAGAUUGAUUGCAUGAGAUUUAACAAUAUUUACAACUUUACUGUUUGUACUGUAAUUUGUUGACAGACCAUGUCAUUGCAAUACAGAAAAGAAAAAGACAAGACUGUUUUACAGUACUGCAUAGCAGUAUCGGCUAUGGAUUUUAAGCAAAUUAUGGGUUUUUGCAGGUAAUCCAUCGGGUGCUGCUGUAAAAUGCACUGUUCUGAGUUUAUGAGCCAUUUAUUCACUGAAAAUAGCUGCCUUGUUAGGCUGGAAUGAUGAAAAACAGUGAGACUGAAUCAAAACAGUAAAGUUAUUUUCCAGUGAAAUGAAAACAGUAAGCUGAAAUAUGCUAAGACACUCUAUAGAGCUCAUGGGAACUGCAGAGUUUAGUGAUAAUUAUCUGUGGGACUAGGGACCCCUUUCACAUUAUUGUCAUUUGAUCCAUUGUUAUUAUGAAAAUAUUGAUUAGUGCAGCUUUAAAUAGAAAAUCCUGACCUGGAAUGUUUAAAUAUUUUACUAUGACCAUGCUCAGUAAAUCAAUUAAAUACAGAAAAAUACCAAAUGAAGUAAAGCAGCUGUAAAUGUGACACAUCUUAGUUGGUUUAUGUGGAAAGAGGAAUAUGCUGUAAAUCUGCAAAGAUGUCUGGUGAAAGAGAACAACGCACAUCAUAGAGGAAUGAUUUAACACUCAUGUAUCAACAAGAUCCUGACAGUUUACUGGAAUAAUAAUCACCCCCUCACUUAUUCACCCCCAUGACGAUCUUUUGUGCUGUUCAUUCCUGCUCUUCCUCGAACAUUAUGCCAUCAGUUUCACAACAUUUUGUGGAUCCAUGCUAGCCCCUUUUUGCCUCUUUUAUAACCAGGCACUACAUUUCUGUCAAUAAACUGUAUUGUUGCUGUU